GUUCCUCUGAGCAAUGAACAGAACAUUUUGUACUGCAGCAACAGUUCAGAUAAAAUAUUUGAUACACUGUUGCAUCAUUGGGACACGUCAAACAAAGUGAGAGCUCUUAUAAACUCAGUUAAUCAUUGUGUUUUUCAUUCAGCAGCUACUUUUACUCCAGUCACAGAACAAAGUCUGAAGCUGUGCAGAGAGGGUCUUUACUCUCAGAGGAGAUGUCCUCCCAGGUCAGACUGAGGCUGCUGCCGAGCGCCAGGUGUUUGUUGGACGAGCCCGUUCAGGUGAAGGUGGCCGGGCUGAGGUCGAGGCAGGUGGUCACCAUGAGAGCCAGGUCAACGGACGAGAGAGGGGAGGCGUUCAGCUCCUCGGCCACCUACAGGGCUGAUGGGAGCGGGGAGAUCGACCUGGACAGAGACCCCUCACUCAGAGGGAGCUACGUCGGGGUUGAACCCAUGGGCCUGCUGUGGUCCAUGAGGGCGGACUCCUUACACAAAAAGUUUCAAAUACACAAUUCACUGAACCCCCAUGUGGUGAAGUUCUCUGUGCAUGAUGAGGAGGAGGGCAGGAUGCUGGCAGAGGCGAUCAAUGAGAGGUUUCUGAUCGGGGACGGAGUCAGUCGGUGCCCUGUCAAAGAGGGGAACCUUCGUGGAGUCCUGUUUACUCCCCCAGGAAAAGGUCCGUUCCCUGCCAUACUGGAUCUGUACAUUUUAGGAGGAGGUCUGCCAGAGAAACGGGCCACUCUGCUGGCCAGUCGAGGGUUUGUGGUUCUGUCUGUAGUGGCAUAUGGCUACGACGACAUGCCAAAGAACAUCAGAGUGGUUCAUCUGGAUUAUUUUGAGGAAGCGAUAGCGUUUCUGAAAAGGCAAGACAAGGUGGGCAGUGAAGGAGUUGGUGUAAUAUCCCUUUCAAAAACUGCAGAUAUUGCACUUUCAAUGGCUUCUUACCUGCCAGAUGUUGGAGCCACAGUGUGGAUCAACGGCUGUUGUGGCAACACAGCUUUACCCCUCCACUAUAAGAAAAGCCAGAUCCUCCCUGCAUUAAUGUUUGAUACCAGCAGAGUAAUUCCCACUGAAUCAGGUGCCAGCAUAGUUAAGUAUGUUUUGCACAAUCCUCUGGCAGAGGAGUACAGGGGCAGCCUGGUUCCCAUUGAACAAGCCAAGGGACGUUUCCUGUUUGUGGCUUCAGAGGACGACCUCAACUGGGACAGCAAGGGUUACAUGGAGGAGAUGGUGGAGAGACUGAAGCGUCAUGGGAAGAAAAACUAUGAGAGUGUGUGUUACCCUGGAGCAGGACAUUACCUAGAGCCACCUUAUGGACCCUACUGCCCCUCCAGCUUUCAUUGGGUUUUGGGUAGACCAGCCCUGUGGGGGGGUGAGCCCAGGUCCCACGCAGCAGCUGAAGUCCAUAUGUGGAAGAAGAUCCAGGAGUUCUUCAGAACUCACCUGAGCUGUGAUGCUGCACAGACUAAAGCCAAGUUAUAGAUACAAAUACAGUGAAAGAACAAAUAGCUGAUUUAAUGUUUUCCCAACUCACCAAUUUAAAGUGUCACUUUCUGGCUCACUUUAUGCUUGUUAAUGUACUCAAAUGGACUUUGUGUCAUUUUAUUUGAAUUAUUUUGAUGUUUAAAUUCUGUGCUCUUUAUAACACAUAAAUAAAAAAUCCUGCUCCCUAUAGGGGAGAUAGUAAAUAAAUGGUGGGAGGUUGAAAAAGAAAAGUUGAAAUCUCUAUUGAGUCAAAACCAUCAUGUAGUCACAGACUGACUGUGAAGCAUUGGACUUAGCGUGAAACAAGAGAAGGACUAUAAUACAAAGAUUCUCAUUUUGGAGAUGUGAGAUUUCUACACACCAGAAGAGAAACAUUUUUAACGUUAGCUAAUAUUGAAUCUAAAAUCAUAAGCUAUGAUAAAUCAUUUAAACACAAUUUUGUACUCACACUGGUAUUUUAACCCAGCAAUGUGCCGGGUUCUCUGUGUGAAAAAAGGACAUUUGUUUUGAUCUUUGCACUUUUAUCUGGCUGUGCUGAAGAACACUUGAUGGAAAAUUGUAAAGGUUUUUUAUGUCAGCGUUUCAGCUUUUCCCUCAGAUUCUCAGCACAACACUCAACAGCAAGUCACAUAGAAACAACCUUGGCCAGAACAGAACAGAAUAGAACUAAAGAGGAAAUGAGAGGCAGGGAACAAAACAUGACUUAUUGGAACCUAUCUCACCCGUUCUCCUUCGCUCCCCUUUGAGAAAUAAGAGAUAACAGGUUAUUGUUCCUGGCGAACUCACUAUGGUGUAAGUUCAUCAAGAUAGCAGAGUCAGCCUUUAUCUGCCUCCUCGGUUUACGAGGCAGCUCUCUCUCCUGUUCUUUGUGUUUCUCUAUCUUACUGCUCCCUCUAUGUCAUUUCAGCUCUCAGCCACCUCGGCUUUUUAAAAGGCAGGGAGUUAUUUGUUCCACCACUGUACCUGCACAAGGAGAUGUAGAAACAGCAGGAACCUGAGGUUGAGGUAAUAUUGAGCUUUUGUGUUCCUCAGUAAAAGUGGAUUUAUGUUUGUGUGUUAGGGAGUGACAGUGUAGCGUCAGAGCCUAUACAUGUAGCCUCCUUUGCUGUGAUUUAGUUCCCACUGUCAGGACAUAUUAUGUAUUUUUUGAUUUAUUGAAGACCUCUCCACUGCAGCUCUGCAUGCUGCAAUAUCACAAAGUGAAAGAAUGAAUAUGUUUAAUCUGGGCCACAUAAUAAAAACAGAAAAGCAGCCUGAUAAGUUAUGGGGCAUCCCACACUCCAGCAACUUGACAUAAAAUACAUAGAUCUGGCAGCACAGAUUGGAAGGAAUUCCGUUUUUAUUGCAGCCCACUUGGCUGUAAGUGUAUGCACUCGUAAACAGCCUCAACAUGUGGAAUGUAAAGUGUAUUUCUGUAGAGAUGACAGGGUACAUUUAUAACCUGCUAAAUCUGAGGUUAUGGUCAGUUUUUUUCUGUGAGGUUUGUGUUACCUUGAAAACUGAUAUCGUCAGCUACUAAUGUAUCACAGAGUCAAUUAGAAAUGAUAUAUAUUUACACUCUGAGGCCUUAAAGAGAAGAUGUCCUGGUCUGCUGACAGCUCCUGGAGGUCAUGCAUUUUGUUUUUAUUAAGAGCUGAUCUUCAGAACUUUCUACCAGUUUUAUAAAAAAGUACCUAAAAACUGACAGACCACUUCUUUCAUUUGUCUUUCUUCAAAGGUUGAGAAUGUCCUCUAGGGUUUCUAGGACCAUAUUCUUAACAAAAUGUGUUUGUCCAGCUGCUGUUGACCGACCUGCUGCACAUAAUGCUGUAUCUGUAUUUAUGCUUAUUUUCCAGUCUUGGUUGUCUUUUAUUUGGGUGUGAGUUGUUAUUUACACUGUGAGCACACAGCUACGAAGACUCAAAUUCUUUUAUCUUGGAACAUAUUUGUGCAACAUUUUUGAUCCUGAUUUCAAAUACAACUGCAAUGAAUCAUAAUAUGUGAGCACCUCAUUUGUUGACAGAUAAAACAGUGACUGUUAACAUGAGGCUUUGACAGCUACAGCUCCCAUGUGGCACUGGCAGCCCCUGUGAUAUGAAUGUAGUUGCCAAACGUUGAAUACUUGUGGUGCUUGUUUCCCGUCUACGCCCACAUUUGAACUUUUGAACCCCCGUUCAUGAAUUCACUUCUCCAGCUCUCGUCCUUCAUCUCCUUGCUAUGUUUAAUCGUGUCCUCUUCCUGGGAGAGAAGAGCAAGGGAGGUUUAGGAAAAUGCUACGCUUAAAAUUGUACACCUGCAUUAUAAAUCUCUGCUCCAACUGUCAAAGCAGCAGCGUUAAGAGAAAUUAAAGAACUAUACCCUCA